AUGCCAGGAGUAUUCUGAGUGGAUGGAUUUAACCUAUUUAUUUUAAUCUUCACGCACUGCUGUUAGGUUUACGAUGCGGAAAUGCCCUUUUGACGGUGAUUGCAAAACGUUAUGUGUGAGCGGAGCGUUAUAACGGUACGCCAAUGACGGAAAGUUGACGAACAUUGUUUUCAUUUAAUUUCAUUUAGUUUUAUUUUUUAUCGACGAAAUAACGAUGAUGUUUUUGUUUAUAAGAAACGCCGUUUUUAUUUCCUGACGCGACACCGCGACGCGUCGUUUAGUUUUUGCGCGUGCAGUUCCUCUGAGGGUGUCUAGUGUGCGUCCUUCUGAGGGUCAGUGUGUGUAGUGUGCGUCCUUCUGAGGGUUGAUGUUCUGCUGGCCGCUCGUGCUGCUGGUGAUGGGCUGUAUUCAGAGCAUCAGAUGCAAACCCAAGAGUUUCCGGGACAGCAUCAUGGUUCUGGAGGUGAACUCCUCCAUCGACUCGAACCCAACCAGCAUCGACGAGUCCUCUAGCGUGGUGCUGCGUUACCGCACGCCGCAUUUCCGCGCGUCCGCACGGGUCCUGGUGCCGCCGGUGGCCGGAAAAGAGAGCUGGACGGUAGGCUGGAUCCAGGCGUGCAACCACAUGGAGUUCUACAACAAAUACGGAUCCAAAGGGAUGUCCAGCUGGGAGCUGCCUGAUCUCCAAGAUGGAAAAAUCCAAGCCAUCAGCGACUCAGAUGGCGUCAACUACCCCUGGUACGGCAACACCACUGAGACCUGCACCAUCGUGGGUCCCACUAAGAAGGACACCAAGUUCACCAUCAGUAUGAACGACAACUUCUACCCCAGCGUGACGUGGGGCGUCCCGGUGAGUGACAGCAACGUGCCCAUGCUAAGCAGCAUCUGGAGGGGCCAGAGCUUCACCACGUGGCUGGUGGCAAUGAACCAGGUGUCAGGCGAGAUCCUGGUGCUGCAGACAGUACGCUGGCGCAUGCGUCUGCACAUCGAGGUGGAUCCCGACAAGCCACUGGGACAGAGAGCCAAGCUGUGUGAACCCAUCGCUCAGGAGCAGCCGCAGGUGCUGGGGAAGAACGAAGCCAUCCCGCCCAACGCCAUGGUCAAACCCAACGCCAACAACGCUCAGGUGCUGAUGUGGCGGCCGUGGACAGGCGAGCCAUUGGUAGUCAUCCCUCCCAAACACUGAGACCAAAUCGGGUUGGGAAUCACUGUGCUAAACACCACUGCAAAAAGACAAAGUGGGAAUACUGCAUCUCAGACAGAUGGAAAGAGCAUCCGAUUCAUGCUGCCUUAAGUUUACAUUGCUUUCACUGCAAACUCUUCGCCUUAAACCAAAUGCAAAGCAGUAAACCUCGCACAUCCUACCUGUCCGUAGAUUUGCACUGGAUGUGUCCUAGUUAGUCGUCGUCUAAUGGGACUGCGAUGACCGCCGCGCGCCCAACCAAACGAGGACAAAGUCCUUAUGCAUUCAGUGUUUUCAGCACAAGCUAUAAUGUUUUAGUUUAAUGUCAACCAGCCACUUCCAGUGUGUUUUACAAUAGCCGAGAGUCCACAAAUAUAUCUUUUCUACUAUGUCAGUCAGUGUCAAGACGUCAUGGCCAAUCGAUAGAGUUCUUACGAGCUAAGAUCGAUCAGUCCAUUCUGCUGGAGUCUGAAUGAGAUGUGCGUGCGGCGACAGGAGCGCUGAUCCUCAAAUCAAACACCAUCAGAAGCUGAAGAAUGAAGGCACUGAAAAGCCCUAGAAUGAGUGAAACUCG